UUAUAAACCAGAAACAACGAAGCAGUAACGAUGAAACCGAUGAUGAUAACAGCCAAUGAAAUAGGUGUAUUUAAUUAAAAAAGGUUGGUAGCCAAGCAACAGCCAUUGAUAUUAUCUUUGCAUUGAUAGGAUAUACAACUUUUAUUGGCAACACUAAUUUGUCCACGAGGAGAAGAGAAGCGAAAAUGUGGCGGGAAUGCAGUUGUUUUGAGCUUGUUCAAGUCCAAAAUGAUUCCUGCAAUCUAUAAUCGUUACCAUUUGGAACCUAUCAGACUUUCAAUGCUAUUCUUACACUAUUCUGAAAUGAAGGUUUUAUGAUAAUUUUACCAGGUGAUAUAUCUUAAUCAUUUACUUUUAAUAAAUUAAAAUAUGGAGCAUGAAGGCAUUCAAGACUUCUCAAAAAUUAGCCAUCAAGCAAUGGCUGGUGCCAUAACUGGUUUAGUUGAAUAUUCAGUUAUGUAUCCCAUAGAUUUAAUAAAAACACGCAUGCAGACGCUAAGACCCUAUUCAAAGGCAAAUUAUAAAAGUGUUUUUGGUGGCUUAUUAAAGAUCAACUCAGAAGAAGGAAUGCUUAGAUUAUUCAGAGGCAUGCCGUUGCCAUUAGUAGCAUCCAUUCCUGCCCAUGCAUUAUAUUAUUCCACGUAUGAAGUAAUGAAAAGAAUGCUAAGUGGUACUGAAUUCGGAACUAAAAAUCCUAUAGCCCAAAGUGCUGCUGGAGCUCUUGCUAUAACAAAUCAUAAUAUAGUUAUGAAUCCGGCUGAUGUCGUCAAGCAGCGCAUGCAAAUUUAUGGUAGUCCAUAUAAAUCUAGUUUCCAUUGUUUGAAAUCUAUAUUGAAGUCUGAAGGUGUGAUUGCUUUAUACCGCAGUCUCCCCACUCAGAUGGCUAUUGAUGCUCCUUAUGGUGCUCUGCACUUUGUGAUAUAUGAAACAAUCCAAAACUUUCUGAAUCCAUCUAGAGCUUUUGAUGCAAAGAGUCAUAUUUUGUCUGGAGCCAUUGCUGGUGGUUUUGCAGCUGCUGCUACCACGCCACUCGAUGUCUGCAGAACUUUAUUGAACACUCAAGAAGGAGCGGUCCUGGGUGAAGCUGAACGAAAUAAGAUUCGAGGUCUGUUCCCUGCUCUGGUGACUGUAUACAAAAUGCAAGGUUUGAAAGGCUUUACUAGGGGAAUGAAAGCUCGUGUUAUGCACCAUGUACCUUCAACUGCCAUCUGUUGGUGUGUUUAUGAAUUUUUUAAGCACUAUUUUUCUGAAAAGGGUAACUAGAGUUACAGCUGCUAUGUAAAAUGUUAUAUGAGCUUUUGAAAGUUAAAUAUUUUAGGGGAACAUUUUGUUGUAAAAGCAUUUCCUAAUACAUUGAGCAUGCAAAUUGUUAAAAUUUAUAAAAAAUUUCAGCAUAUCAAACUUUAUUAAAAUUUAAAUAUUAUAUUUGUGAAUGUUUAAAUGUUGCUUAUUGUGCUUGUUUUUUGUUGAUUUCUUUAGGUUAAUAUUUCUAUAAUAAAAUAUUUAUUUUUA